AUGGGCGUUGCUGAAACAUGGCUAGCUGCUGAUGUACCUGAUGGAGAGGUAUCCAUUCCUCACUACAAGCUAUUCAGGAAAGAUCGUGCCCUACAGCACGGCGGUGGCGUUUGCAUAUACUGUCAUGAAACGACUCGUGUCAAACGACGUGCUGAUCUGGAAACAGAUUUGGAAAUUUUGUGGAUUGAGGUCAUGGAGCAAAAGCACAGUACCCUGGUGGGAUGUGCAUACCGUCCACCAGAUAAGUCAGUGGCUUACUGGGAUGUAUUCCAAGCCAACAUCGAAAAGGCAAUGCAGGGAAGACAGUCGCGCGCAGUUCUCAUCGGAGACUUUAAUGUGGACUAUGCCGAUCCUCUUGCGCGCCGUGCAAAUCACUUGCACUCCACACUCACACACUGCAACUUGUUUAACCAUGUGUCUCAGCCGACAAGAGUCACGUCCUCUUCGGCAUCUGUUAUCGACCUGUUCUUGUCUAACGUUCCCAUAGAGGGUGUAUGUCGCACUGUCUAUGUUGAUAUGAGCGAUCAUUUUGCCAUCCUGGCCCAUAUGCCUGGCUUUGGCAUGGGAAAGGCAUAUUCUGGACACCCAGCCGCCAAACGCAAAGGUAGGCGACUCCAUCGGAUAAAUUGGAACACAUUCAAUGAGGACUUGAACCAUCAUCUAGCGACUUGUACCUUUACCGGAAAUCUUGAAAAUGCUGUGCAGAGUCUUACCACCUCUAUCAUAUCUACCCUGGAUGUGCAUGCACCAUUGAUUCAUCGGCGCCAACAGGAGAAACGUCCUUGCCCCUGGUUAACACCGGAGCUAGUUGCCGCGGUUCGUGAGCGAAACCAGUUCCAUCGCCGGUUGAUGAGCGACAAAGGCAAUGCAAAUCUGCGUGAGCUCCACCGUCAGGCCCGCUCUACUGCAAGGAAACUGGAUCGCCGUCUACGUAAUGCCUACUUCAUGAAUCAGUGUGCAACUCGUGAUCAGAGAAAGUUGUGGUCAGUUAUGAACAUCGUCACAGGCCGUGCUAAGCAGCGUCAAGAACCUCAAGCCGGCAUCGAGGACCUGAGCAAAACCUUUGGGGAUGUUGUGCGCGACCCAGACCGACCAUCCACGCUAACACCACCAAGUGGACCGAUGCCAGCGUCUAGCUUUCUGCAAUUUGAACUGGUGCCGGUGAGUGAUGUGAAAGCUUGUCUGAAGUGCAUAAAUCCCGCGAAGGCCACGGGCAGUGAUUGCGUUCCUGGUUUAGUGUUGAGGGAAUGUGCCGAUAGCCUUGCUGGGCCACUCACGGAUAACAUUAACGGAUCACUGUCCACCGGAACAGUACCGAUGAUGUUCAAGCAAUCGUUUAUUAGUCCUUGGUAUAAGUCAGGAGACCCCACAGUGCCAGUUAACUACCGCCCAGUAUCCUUAUUGCCGAUUAUAUCUCGUAUUCUCGAACACUCGAACACAUUCUCGAAGCAGCUUGUGGAAUAUGUCACAGCGCAUGAACUUUAUCCGAAGACUCAGUUUGCGUAUCGGAAGUGUCACUCGACGGAGGAUGCACUUGUGCUUGCCGUCAACAGAUAG